AUGGCCGACGACGACGAGCUCGAACGGGGGGCGCACCUCAAGCUAGCGCAGCGCCACCGGGUCGUCGUGCCCGGGACGUUCCACGGGCCACGCGUGUGGCAAGCCGACCUCCACUCGCCCGGGACGCUCGGCGCGGCCUCGGUGACCUUUGCGACUUCUGGCAACCUCCCGAAAGAGAGCAAGCUCGUGUUAGUGUUUCCCGACACGGGCUGGGGCUUCCCCGACGUGCCGCUUGUCAUCGUUGCAGCGUCCGCAGGGCGUCCGUCGCCGCGUGCAAAGGCGGUGUGGUACCGCGCCACCAACACGCUCGAGGUGACGACCCUCGACGAAGACAUCGAGGCUGGUGCCAUGAUCACGCUCACGGUGGCCGGUGUCGCGACGCCGGCGUGUGCGACGCCGGGUGGCGAGCUUGUCGCCACCACGUUCGAGAAGAAACGAAUUCGCAACACGGUGCCACCUUCGAUUCGUGGCGGUCACGUCAUUGACGGCCCGACACGCAUGACGAUUCCGUCGCUCGUACCCGGACCGAUUGCUGGGGAACGCCGUUGGAUGCCCCUCAAUUGCUGCCCGAAUGCAGUGGCAGACGUGCUACUGGAUUUGAAAGUCACAGGUUCAGUUCCCAAAGGCGGAAAGAUCCUCGUUGAGCUCGCCCCCGACGGCGGCUGGGACAUGGAGGCGACACCAAAGGUUUCACUCGACGUGCGACCACCGACGUCGUUGCAGACCGUGGGUCCUGUCGCCAUCACGGCGACGUGGCACAAGGACCAGCAAGCGCUCGAGAUGCUGCUUCUCGACGGUGCGAUCCCGAUGCAGAGCACGAUCAAGCUUCUCGUGCGCCAAGUGCACAACCCUGUUGGCGAGCGCCCCGAGGCGAUCGCCCGCGUCACCACCCUCGUCGGCAACGGCGGCGUCAUUGACGGACCGGUGAAAGUCACCAUGGCGCGCAUUAGUGAGCUCCGAGAGCUCGACUUUGCAAAGGCGUCGGAGGCCUUUGCCCGCCACAACCCGAAGGACGGUCUCUUGACGCUCGAGAAUGUGGUCGCGGCGUUCAAGGAGCUCUCGAUUCGCACGAGUGUCGACGCGUUGCGAACGUCGGGGCUUCAGUGCACACCCAUCGAGGAGGCCACUUCCGCGACCACGGCACCGCCCGUGCACAAGAAGGGCGAAGCCGCGCCCGUCGUUCCGCCCACAAUCACCCGCGACGGCGUCUCCCACGAAGCAUUCCUCAACUACUUUACCACCGUGUAUACGCCAGCAUUCAAAUUCGGGGAGGAGCUGCGCACGGUCGCGGGCCGAGGUCUCCUCCCGCGCCUCCGCGAGCUGGCGCUCAACGGCUGCGACGUCAACGCCAAAGACGGUGCGGGAUGGACGGCAUUGCAUUAUGCGGCUGAACACGGCGCGCUCAAGGCCAUCCAGGCCCUCGUGGAGGCUGCCCCCGCACUCCACGUCGACGCUGUCGACGUUGCGGGGUGGACCCCGCUCAUGUGUGCGGCCGCCAACGGGCACAUCACUGUCAUCUCGCGCCUCCUCGAGCUGGGGGCGGAUGUCAACCACAAGAGCAAGGAAGGGCGCACGGCGCUGCACUGGGCAGCCUCCCGCGGCAUGGAAGGCGCGGUGAGCUUUCUACUACUGGGGGGUGCCGAGAUUGACGCGGUCGACCGGUGUAAAUGGACCGCGCUGCACUGCGCGGCGGUCCACGGCAACGUCGGCUGCGGCAAGCUCCUACUGGAAUAUGGCGCCGACCUCGCGACGAGUGACGCGCUCGGGCGCAGCGGAUGGACGUACUGGGACGCACCUGCCGCUGCGCUUCUGCAAGGACACGUUGAAAAACUUCAAGCCAUGGGCAUGCUGGCCAAGAAGAGCUAA